UGUUUCCGUGACGGACUGAGUACGGGUGCCUGUCAGGCUCUUGCGGAAGUCCAUGCGCCAUUGGGAAGGCCUCGGCCGCGGCUCUGUGCCCUUGCUGCUGAGGGCCUCUUCCUGGGUCAUUCCUGGACCGGGAGCCGGGCUGGGGCUCACACGGGGGCUCCCGCGUGGCCAUCUCGGCGCCUGCGUGACCUCCCCGCCGGCGGGAUGUGGCGACUACGUCGGGCCGCUGUGGCCUGGAUAGCAGAAAGGAGCUCAUCUGUUUGGAGUCCAUUUUUGAUGGGGAUCCCACUAGAGUGAGGUCUGCCAGUCUUUAGUGAAACACAGCUCUGGAAUAAAAGGAAGUUUACCACUACAAAAACUACAUCUGGUUUCACGAAGCAUUUAUCAUUCACAUUAUCCUACCUUAAAGCUUCAACGACCCCAAUUAAGGACAUCCUUUCAGCAGUUCUCUUCUCUGACAAACCUUCCUUUACGUAAACUGAAAUUCUCUCCAAUUAAAUAUGGCUACCAGCCUCGCAGGAAUUUUUGGCCAGCAAGAUUAGCUACGAGACUCUUAAAACUUCGCUAUCUCAUACUAGGAUCAGCUGUUGGGGGUGGCUACACAGCCAAAAAGACUUUUGAUCAGUGGAAAGAUAUGAUACCGGACCUUAGCGAAUAUAAAUGGAUUGUGCCUGACAUUGUGUGGGAAAUUGAUGAGUAUAUCGAUUUUGAGAAAAUUAGAAAAGCCCUUCCUAAUUCAGAAGACCUUGUAAAGUUAGCACCAGACUUUGACAAGAUUGUUGAAAGCCUCAGCUUAUUGAAGGACUUUUUUACCUCAGGUCACAAAUUGGUUAGUGAAGUCAUAGGAGCUUCUGACCUACUUCUCUUGUUAGGUUCUCCGGGAGAAACGGCGUUUAGAGCAACAGAUCAUGGAUCUGAAAGUGACAAGCAUUUUAGAAAGGGUCUGCUUGGUGAGCUCAUUCUCUUACAACAACAAAUUCAAGAGCAUGAAGAGGAAGCGCGCAGAGCCGCUGGCCAAUAUAGCACGAGCUAUGCCCAACAGAAGCGCAAGGUGUCAGACAAAGAGAAAAUUGACCAACUUCAGGAAGAACUUCUGCACACUCAGUUAAAGUAUCAGAGAAUCUUGGAACGAUUAGAAAAGGAGAACAAAGAAUUGAGAAAAUUAGUAUUGCAGAAAGAUGACAAAGGCAUUCAUCAUAGAAAGCUUAAGAAAUCUUUGAUUGACAUGUAUUCUGAAGUUCUUGAUGUUCUCUCUGAUUAUGAUGCCAGUUAUAAUACGCAAGAUCAUCUGCCACGGGUUGUUGUGGUUGGAGAUCAGAGUGCUGGAAAGACUAGUGUGUUGGAAAUGAUUGCCCAAGCUCGAAUAUUCCCGAGAGGAUCUGGGGAGAUGAUGACACGUUCUCCAGUUAAGGUGACUCUGAGUGAAGGUCCUCACCAUGUGGCCCUAUUUAAAGAUAGUUCUCGGGAGUUUGAUCUUACCAAAGAAGAAGAUCUUGCAGCAUUAAGACAUGAAAUAGAACUUCGAAUGAGGAAAAAUGUGAAGGAAGGCUGUACCGUUAGCCCUGAGACCAUAUCCUUAAAUGUAAAAGGCCCUGGACUACAGAGGAUGGUGCUUGUUGACUUACCAGGUGUGAUUAAUACUGUGACAUCAGGCAUGGCUCCUGACACAAAGGAAACUAUUUUCAGUAUCAGCAAAGCUUACAUGCAGAAUCCUAAUGCCAUCAUACUGUGUAUUCAAGAUGGAUCUGUGGAUGCUGAACGCAGUAUUGUUACAGACUUGGUCAGUCAAAUGGACCCUCAUGGAAGGAGAACCAUAUUCGUUUUGACCAAAGUAGAUCUGGCAGAGAAAAAUGUAGCCAGUCCAAGCAGGAUUCAGCAGAUAAUUGAAGGAAAGCUCUUCCCAAUGAAAGCUUUAGGUUAUUUUGCUGUUGUAACAGGAAAAGGGAACAGCUCUGAAAGCAUUGAAGCUAUAAGAGAAUAUGAAGAAGAGUUUUUUCAGAAUUCAAAGCUCCUAAAGACAAGCAUGCUAAAGGCACACCAAGUGACUACAAGAAAUUUAAGCCUUGCAGUAUCAGACUGCUUUUGGAAAAUGGUACGAGAGUCUGUUGAACAACAGGCUGAUAGUUUCAAAGCAACACGUUUUAACCUUGAAACUGAAUGGAAGAAUAACUAUCCUCGCCUGCGGGAACUUGACCGGAAUGAACUAUUUGAAAAAGCUAAAAAUGAAAUCCUUGAUGAAGUUAUCAGUCUGAGCCAGGUUACACCAAAACAUUGGGAGGAAAUCCUUCAACAGUCUUUGUGGGAAAGAGUAUCAACUCAUGUGAUUGAAAACAUCUACCUUCCAGCUGCACAGACCAUGAAUUCAGGAACUUUUAAUACCACAGUGGAUAUCAAGCUUAAACAGUGGACUGAUAAACAACUUCCUAAUAAAGCAGUAGAGGUUGCUUGGGAGACCCUACAAGAAGAAUUUUCCCGCUUCAUGACAGAACCCAAAGGGAAAGAGCAUGAUGACAUAUUUGAUAAACUUAAAGAGGCCGUUAAGGAAGAAAGUAUUAAACGACACAAGUGGAAUGACUUUGCGGAGGACAGCUUGAGGGUUAUUCAACACAAUGCUUUGGAAGACCGAUCCAUAUCUGAUAAACAGCAGUGGGAUGCAGCUAUUUAUUUUAUGGAAGAGGCUUUGCAGGCUCGGCUCAAGGAUACUGAAAAUGCAAUUGAAAACAUGGUGGGUCCAGACUGGAAAAAGCGAUGGUUAUACUGGAAGAAUCGGACCCAAGAACAGUGUGUUCACAAUGAAACCAAGAAUGAAUUGGAGAAGAUGUUGAAAUGUAAUGAGGAGCAUCCAGCUUAUCUCGCAAGUGAUGAAAUAACCACAGUCCGGAAGAACCUUGAAUCCCGAGGAGUAGAAGUAGAUCCAAGCUUGAUUAAGGAUACUUGGCAUCAAGUUUAUAGAAGACAUUUUUUAAAAACAGCUCUAAACCAUUGUAACCUUUGUCGAAGAGGUUUUUAUUACUACCAAAGGCAUUUUGUAGAUUCUGAGUUGGAAUGCAAUGACGUGGUUUUGUUUUGGCGUAUACAGCGCAUGCUUGCUAUCACCGCAAAUACUUUAAGGCAACAACUUACAAAUACUGAAGUUAGGCGAUUAGAGAAAAAUGUUAAAGAGGUAUUGGAAGACUUUGCUGAAGACGGUGAGAAGAAGAUUAAAUUGCUUACUGGUAAACGCGUUCAACUGGCGGAAGACCUCAAGAAAGUUAGAGAAAUUCAAGAAAAACUUGACGCUUUCAUUGAAGCUCUUCAUCAGGAGAAAUAAAUUAUAUUAAAAUCGUACUCAUAAUCAGCUCUGCAUACAUCUGAAGAACAAAAACAUCAACGUCUUUUGUCCACCUCUUUUUCUUCUGCUGUUCCACCUUUCUAAACAUACAAUAAAGUCAUGGGAUAAAAA